AAUCUGAAGCUGCACUAACUCAUCUUUUUUUUUUUUUUACUAUCUCCACGCUCAAAUAUCUGCUUGUCCUUUUCACUGCUUCUGUGUUUAUCUGUUCUGCUUCUGCACAACACCGACCCUUCAACCCUUCCCUUUAUAUCUCUCUUUGAAUUUUGUGCAACCAAGUUUUUCUUUUCUUCUCUUUUUCAUUCCUUUUUUCUUCUUCCUUUUUUUAUCUCUCCAUAAUGAUUCUCUAGCUUCUGAUACCACUUAUCUUUCAAGAAACAGAGUGAAUCACAACAAUGGAUUCAAAUUCCGGUUAUCAACAACCCAGUUCUGGGUUACUUCGCUUUCGCUCUGCCCCUGCUCCAGUACUCGCGAAUUUCAAACAAGGGGAAGGUGUUGCUCCCAAUAAUGGAACCUCAUGGGAAGGUUCUGAACCGGGUUUGAGAUUUUUCAAUUCCGGUGACGGCAACAAUACAGCGUCGCUUAGCUUACGAGAAUUCGUGGAUAAUAAUAAGCCUUCUAAUGAUAAUAAAGCACACAACGAGUCAUCUAUAUCAUCACCUUUGAGUCGCAUGAAUUCUCAGCAGUGUUAUACAUACAGUACUUCUUCUGUUUUACCUCUGAGGCAUAACUCUAGUGUUAGUUCGUCGAUGAUGAUGGGUUCUAUGGGAACGGAGCAAGUCAAAACCUUCAAUUCUCAUCUUCUCAGGCAGAGUAGUUUUCCUGCCGGUCAUUUUUUUAACAACAUCGCCUUUCAGAAUGGAUAUGAUACUAUGAAAGGUGUUGGAAGCUAUGGUGGGGUGAAUGAGAGUGAUGAUGAACUUAGUCUAUCAAUGAACAGAAUGAAGAAUCAAAUUAGCUUCUCUUCAAUGUUAUCACAGACAUCCAAAAUGGGGAAUGAGGGAAUUGGAGCAACUAACACUGAUGAAGGGAGACCGGGGUGUAGCAAUGGUGAUGCUCGAUAUUAUGGCACAGGAUUCCCUUAUACUUCUUGGAAUGAGACAUCACACCUCUCAGAUAAAUUCGUUGGCUCGAAAAGACAGCGAAAUAGUAAUGAUGAGUUACUUUCUGAUGUACAGAAUGGAGAGCUAGGAAAUCAAGUGCAUACGCUAUCGCAUCACUUGAGUUUGCCAAGCGCAUCAUCAGAGAUCUUUUCUAUGGAAAAAAUGCUUCAGUUCCCAGAUUCUGUUCCUUGUAAAAUCAGAGCAAAGAGAGGCUUUGCUACUCAUCCUCGAAGCAUUGCCGAAAGGGUGAGAAGAACUAGAAUCAGUGAACGAAUAAGAAAAUUGCAAGAGCUUGUUCCAAACAUGGAGAAGCAAACCAGCACAGCAGACAUGUUGGACUUGGCUGUAGAGUACAUAAAAGAUCUUCAGAAACAAUUCAAGACUCUGGGUGAAAAACGAGCAAAAUGCAAAUGUGUAAACAUGAAAAAGUCAGAAACAGAUCAAAUUACUUGAUUUUCUUUUGUACAGGUGUAUAUGCAAGCAUGGAUAGGACCUCGGGUCUUAUAUUUUCAAGUGAUGAAAAAUAAGUAGGGAAAAAAAGCUAAUAUAAGAUGCUGUUGUCUUCAUUGUGUGUAACAAAGCAGAAAGGCAGUUUUUAUCUCUUCGCCACAACAUUGUGGCAUUUUAAGUUAACGAGGGUAUCAACCGCGUAGACAAUAAAGCAAAUAGUUUAAUUUGUAGUUUUGUAUACAAGAAUUCUAAUGUAUUCAUUUUGACAUUAUUCUUUUUUCCUCCCUAUAGUUAUGAAAGAUUUCGCACAGAAUUUGGAUGAGGAAUGAUGGUCGCUUCUCAAUUCUCAUUGAAUUGAUGCAUUAUCAAUGAGAAUGAAUGUAUGAAAGGAUUGUGCAUGACAAUUCAUGGAGAGCAUUUUAACUUACUUGCAUGCUUGGGAUGAUAGAUUCUUGCACAUAGAUAACUGGAAAAGAUUACAGAAUCUAACGUAUAAGUUUUUAGCAAAUUGUUUUUAAACUGCUAAAUUGAUUUGAAAAAUAAGAUAAAAUAAGUUUAUAUUAUUUUUUGAUUCGAUUUUCAGUUUUUUUAAAUUGAAUUGAAUUAAACUAUUUAAAAUAAAUUUAUAUUAUUUUUAUAUUCAUAAUAUCGUGAUGUUGUAUGAAUAUAUAUUCUCUUUCAUCUUCUUUAUUAAUAAUUUAUCAUUUUUAUAUUUAUAUUUUUAAAUUAUUAUUUUUCUUUAUUUUUUAAUUUUCAACAGAUUCAUUUCAAUUAUUAAAUUACUAGUUACUAUAAUUUUAAAAAUAAAAUAAUGUAAUAAUAAAUAAAAAUUGAAAGAACUUAUUCACACCAAAUUAAUUUUUUAUUUUCCGAAAAUUAAAAUAAUUUUUAAGUAAAAAUAAAUAUGAACUAAUGUCAAAACUGAUAACCAUCUCCGUGUCCGUGGCUUUAUCGCAUUCUAACUGACAACACCGGUUUAUAACAUAGUAAGUGUAUUGCAUUCCAUUUUGGCGGCUAUUUGCUUCGUACUUGUUUUCAAGUUGCAUUUUAAUAUACAUGGCCUGGAAAUAGAAUAUAUGGUGUAUUAGGUAAAUUACGUGACAUGUAGUUGAAAUUAUUAUAUAAAAUUAAUUACCAUUCUAAGUAAUUAUGGCGGUCAGAUUGCAAAUUUUCUUUUAUAAACCUCUUGACCCAAUGUAAAUGACUUGACUUUAAUGAACUCAUAAAAAUAAAUAAAUCUGGGGCACACAGGUUAUCCACGUACACUGCAAUAAUAAGACAAAUAGCUUAUAUUAUUUUUUAAUAUAUAUUUUUGUUAUUGGAGUUUUAAAUAAAUAAAGUAUACAGAUAUAUUUACUAAUACCAAGUAAGUAGUUGGCGGAGGCUAUUUUAAAUUAAUUGUUACUCGUGAUAGUGUGGAUAACCUCGAGUUUGCUCGACUCCAAUUAUUCAGAAGUAGUUUUAGGUAGUUUUAGACUUUUUUUUUUUAACUUUAAAUAACUUCUUUUAAAUAGUUAUAAAGCUUCAAAAAAAUAUCACGUCAUCAUUUAGUUAAAAACUUGAUAAUGAAAAAUACAAGAAACUGAAGUUACGUAUAAAAGAAGUCCAUUUCUAUAUAUUUGAGUUUUGUUUUUUCAAAUAUGCCAGUCUUAUUUCAUGAAC